AUGGAGCUUCCCUUGCGAGCAGUACGGGCGAUUUUCUCUGACAUUGAUGGUACCCUUGUGCACUAUGCUCAUGUGCUGGAGCGUUCCGGAUACUGCUUGAACAGGGCAGAUGCAGAUAAGGAUGGGGGCUUGACCGAGUUCAUCCACAAGCCCACAGGCGCUACGAUCCCGGCGUUGAAAGUGCCAUCAACAACCCUUUCUGGUGGAUAUAUUUCGAAAAAGACCGUUGAUCUCGUGGCUGACCUGCGGGCCCGUGGUGUGAUCUUCUGCCUAUUGACUGGUGCGCGCACCCGCACGUUCAUGAAGCGCCAUGAGACCCAAACCAUACCCUUUCCAGACUUCGGCGUGUGCGAAGGGGGUGGCAAAAUCUUCACGUUCAAUGAAUCCACGGGUGCUGCAGAACUUGACGAAAAGUGGAUUGAACAAUUUGCUCGCAUUGCCGGAGACUGGCGGCAGCUGGACAGCGACCCGUUAGAGCGACAAGGAUUGCUGUGGGACUGCUUCCGAGAGAUGCACAAGGCUGGAUAUAAUCUUGAUGCCGUGAGCCUGAGCACAGGCUUCUAUGUGGAUGUGAGAAAGGUUCGAAAGCAAAAAAGCGAUGAAGAUGGCCAGCAGGCAGCUGCAAGCACAGAGGACUCUGGUGAUAUGUUUGUUUCGCUUGAAACAGAAGAGGAGGCCGCCAGAGGCCUCUUCUGUGGUGGUGAGGGCAACUUCUCGGACCGUUUCGGCGUGGGCUUCGUAAUGAACCUCGGAAAGGGCCAUGUUGCCCCCAUGGGCUGCAAUAAGCGCAAGGCCGUUGAGUACAUCAUGCAGAAGACAGGCGUCGCUGCCUCUGAGUCAGUGGCUCUCUUUGACGACGAGAACGACCUGGAAUUUGCCGAGCUUUGCGCCGCAGGAGUGGUCCCCAGUAUUGCGCACAGCAGCGUCACAGAGGCUUUGAGAACACGGUUGGAUCCUGGGAGCUUCCUGCAGCCUGCGGUCGGUGGCUUCUUAGCCAUCGAAUCUGGCCUUGAGGCUAUACUGGCCAUUGUGAACCGCCAGCAGCAGAAGUAG